AUGGAAAUGAAAGUGGUGAAGUCGCAAGACGUUCAAGAAUGUCACGGAUGUGUUUACAAGAAAAAGAAGGGAAGUUUAGGAUAUGCUAAAGAAAAAAGUGGUGUACCCGCUGGAGUGAUUGAACGUAUAACAUCAUGGCCAUUCUACACUCUCCUACUAUUUCUUGACAACGAGGCCGACAGUGGCGAGCGAUUUUGUACCGUCGUUGACAAUAACGUGGAGCAGGAGUAUGAAGAAGACAUAGAUGAAGAGGACAUCAUCGAAAAAAGGCACCUGCAGGUCGACUUCGUUUAUGAAACCACUUGGCGCCUUGGCAGGCCAAAAGAAUAUCAAAAGAACUCAAGGGAUAAUAUCGCUACAAUGUUGAAGACGGCGUGCGAGAUAAUGGACAAAUUUGAGGCGUUGGGGCAGUUAAUAUCGGCAAAGCUUCGCGAGUUAAAAUCACUCGAUGCACAUGCUGUCAUGGAAGCAACUAUGAAAGCCGAGUAA